UUCAACACUUCUCUCCUUCUCUCUCUCUCUCUCUCUCUCUCUCUCUCUCUCUCUCUGCCUCUCCCUCUCCCUCCCUCUCUCUUGACGUUUCCUCCUCUUGUAUUGUGAGUCAGUUUUCAUUUAAAAAAAAGUAAAGUUAUCUUAAGUCUUUAGGAACCAGUUUUCCUUCCCCCACUCUGUCUGCGAGAGUGUCCUGAAGACCGUUUUGAUGAGAACUUGUCCGGAAGCAGCACAGGCUAAGCUGAACCAGUGAAAAGAAACAACUGUGGCCAGUAGUGCUCCAUUUUCAAGAUGAAGAGCAGUUCGGGUCCCGUGGCCUUGGUGGCACCCAUUUCCACAACCGCCGUUAUGCCUAUUGACACUGGAGAUAAUUCAACAGAGUCUGGAGGUCCAGGGGAGGGGAAGAAUGACGUAUUUGAAAAGCUGAAAGAAAAAUUUAUGAAUGAACUGCAGAAAAUUCCAUUGCCACCCUGGGCUUUGAUAGCCAUUGCCAUUGUCAGCGGCCUGCUGCUUCUGACCUGCUGCCUCUGCAUCUGCAAGAAAUGCUGCUGCAAGAAGAAGAAAAACAAGAAGGAGAAGGGCAAGGGGAAAAAGAAUGACAUCAACAUGAAGGACGUGAAGAACUCAGGUGGAAAUCAGGCUAAACAGGAUGAUGAUGAUGCAGAAACUGGUUUAACUGAAGGUGAAGAUAAGGACGAGGAGCCAAAGGAAGAAGAAAAACUGGGCAAACUGCAAUUUUCAUUGGAUUAUGACUUCCAGAGUAAUCAGCUAACAGUGGGAAUUAUUCAAGCAGCUGAACUUCCUGCAUUGGACGUUAGUGGAACAUCUGACCCUUACGUUAAAGUCUUCCUGCUCCCGGACAAGAAGAAGAAAUAUGAGACUAAAGUUCAGAAAAAGACUCUAAACCCUACCUUCAAUGAAUCCUUCGUAUUCAAGGUUCCUUAUCAGGAGUUGGGAGGAAAGACCUUGAUGAUGGCUGUUUAUGACUUUGAUCGAUUCUCCAAACAUGACUGCAUCGGUCAAGUAACAGUCCUAAUGACCAAAGUUGACUUUGGGCAACAGCUUGAAGAAUGGCGUGAUCUAGAGAGUGCUGAGAAAGAAGAGCCGGAGAAACUGGGAGACAUUUGUACCUCACUGCGCUACGUGCCGACAGCAGGGAAACUCACAGUCUGUAUUCUGGAAGCAAAGAAUCUAAAGAAAAUGGACGUGGGUGGACUCUCAGAUCCUUAUGUAAAGAUACAUCUGCUGCAGAAUGGAAAACGGCUCAAGAAAAAGAAAACUACAGUCAAGAAAAACACUCUGAACCCUUACUACAAUGAGUCGUUCAGCUUUGAAAUUCCAUUUGAACAGAUACAGAAAGUACAGGUUUGUGUCACGGUCUUGGACUACGAUAAGAUCGGGAAGAACGACGCCAUCGGCAAGAUAUUUGUCGGCAGCAACGCUUCGGGCACAGAGCUCCGGCACUGGUCAGACAUGCUGGCGAACCCAAGACGGCCUAUUGCACAGUGGCACUCUCUAAAACCAGAGGAGGAGGUCGACGUCGCCCUCGGCCUCAAGAAGUGAAACCAUUGCCAUCUCACCACAAACUUACCAUUGAUCAGAUGCUAUCAAUACCUCAGUUACGCAUCAUUCUCCAUUAACCCUUUGGCGGUUACUUGGGCAUCUUUGCACCAUGACAAAUAUAUGCAACUUUUAUGUGUUUUGUAGUUUAUUUCUCAAUUUUUAAGAUUUCCGUGACAAACAAGAACAAGUUACAAAUUUGUUUUUUGUGCAUUAUCACAUUAACAGUCAAACCAUAUGAUUUCGCACAGUUUUUUAGUCAACCAUCCGUGAAAUAUCUGUUUUGAAAGGUGCAAAUCCAGUACUCAAAGGGUUAACACAUCUUGGAACUCAUUAACCAUCAUAAUUCAGAAUAAAUAAAUAAGCCAUCUGAGCCUCCAAGUUGUAUUCCAAAUUUCUCUAAAUGCACCCUCCUCCUUUCUGCAGUUUUAGCUCUAUUAUAAAACACUUGUUGAUAAUGCAUGGUGAUAAUCUAUUGUAAAUAACAGCAUGUUCAAUGCAAUAUUUGUGUAGGUGUACGUUGUCCAUGGUUUACUAUCACAUGCAUCUGCUGUAUAUUUUUUAUGAUGAUGCUUGUAUUUUACAUGAUGUUCAAUAGACUAGAAGAGCUAAAGUAAAACCCAGUCACUUGAUUCACCACCCAAAGACUGGUAGAGCACUGACAUCACAUCAUGGUACAAAGUGAAGCCUUUUAGUGUCCAACCUAAUGGUGAAAGCUUCCUUUCCAAUCUUUUUAGACACUGCUAUUUGUCUAGUGAGGGAGGCUGGCGAGACAUAUUCAAGGCACAUCUGUGAAUGUUUUAAUUAAAAAAUUGUAAAUGUUCAAUUAGGAAGAGGUUUCAUAGGACAUAAGCCCCAUUAUACAAAGGCCAAGGAGAAAAAAAUAAAACAUUGUAGAUGUUGAAAUUGGACCUCUUUCAGUAUUGAGUAUAUCUAAACAAAAUUAACAAAGGAUAGUAGCUGUAUCUGGGGAUCCUUGAAGGAGUGGUUAAUUAAUAGUCCUCGUUGAUAUCUACAUGGUGUUAGGGGAAACUCAAAUUAGCUUGACCUUCAAUCUGGAUCUAAUUCUCUAUGAGAUCCUUUUCCAUAAAGGUAAUUCUACAUAAUACAUAUAAUACAAUACAGAUGUGAAACUGGUGUGGAAUAUGGUUUAAGGGAAAAAGGUUUGCUUAAUUUACACAGCGGGUUCUCAGUACGUUUAUUGUUCAGAUCAUCCGGUUUGAGAUGUAAAGAAGAGUAGACGGAUAGCAACAAGUCAACAAAUGUCCUGCCCACCUACCCAACCGUGAUGUUGCACUUUGCCAGUCUGCUGCUGCUGAUCAUUGUGUGUACACUAUUAGGAUAGGAACAAUUGCUGAAAGCAAUGUAUAGUUAACAUUAACACGCAAAGAAUAAAUGCACUGAUCUCUUUAAGAUUUCAAAACGAUUGAAGAAGUUACCAUGCAUUGCAAUUUGGAUAGUCAAAAUUGAUGGUCUGUUUGUACAGUAACAAAUCUUACUAAUGAAACUGCUUAGGACUGAAUUUUUUGAUGGAUUAUUAUAAUAUUACCUAUCGCUUUUAAAAGAUUGCAAUCAUUAAAGUUUUACUGUACAGAGACACAUUAAUAUUAAUGUACUUAAGCUUUUUUAUUUGCCAUUAGUCAUGUUGGCUGAUUGCUUGGUAUUAAGCUAGUGUUGAGAGAGGUGAACUCUAACCUGUUUUUACAAAAUUAGGAAAGUAAAUGUAUAUGACACCCCUCACUGUGAUACACUGUUACUGAAGGAGCAAGUCUUUCUUGCAGCUUUAGUGGUGUUUGCUGUCCUCUGAUGAUGAAUACAAUACAUAAUCUCUCUCCUCCAUAUUCUACUCUACUCCCCAUAUUCACCUUUGAAUAUGCACUUGUGAUUACAACUGGUUUGGGAAUGAAAGAGAUAUGCUUAUUCUAAGUGAAUUUAAUGGAGGUCUCAGUCAAAAUAAUCCCGCCAAAUGGAUGAGAGAAUGAAAGCCUUUUUCUGGAUGAAGAUUUGAUUUUAAAUGUUGAAGCAAUGAAGCAACAGUACUGGGUGGAUAGUUUUGAUGUGCAUCCCUCUUUGUGCAAUAAAGAUAUUGCCAUUUUUUACCCCAAACACCCUGAGGGAGGCAAUCAUCUUGCUCAUUACAAGUAGUUAAGUACACUGAAGCCAUUGACACCGAGAAGAAAUCCAUGUGCCUCUGCACACAUUUGUGGUGAGGUGAAUUUGGGGGUGUUGAAAGCUACUGCAAGUCCCUCAACAAGUCUCCAACUUCCCCUGAGGCGGAGAUCAACCACAUUAUUGAUAUGGAUGGAAUGGGCGGCCAUUUUAUUGUGAACAAGUUUUCAUACACAACAGCAUCAAGUACCACUGGGUAACUUGCAUGUAAAUGGAUACAGAACGAUAUUUCAGGCAAUUCCACACACUAUCAUGGAAAAUAACUCACUGGUUUGGAAGGAUUUGCUUAUAAUCAUAUGAAGUUAGUUUAAUGUUUCUUUGCAGAUAUUAGUAAAAUAGAAUAGCGAGUUAGAAAGUGCCAUAGAGGUAUGUUUGAUAUAUAUCGAUCAACCAAGUCGAAUAAUGUUAAUGUUGCUAGUUUGUUAACGCUUUAAUUUUAGAUGAGAUUUUGAAGCAAGAUGCUUUUCAAAAGCUCAAACUCUUGCCUGAAAAGAUAAUGUGCCCAAGCACCAUUUCAUAAAGCUGACAUAUUAUCAAUAAUAAUUAGAUUUCAAUUAGCUUCAAGGCAUUCACUGAAGGCAUUCCAGUGGCGUCCACAACUAAUAAAUCAUACUUUAGUGCAAAUCAAAAAUAAAUACAAAUUUCAAACAAACAUAAAAGUGCUGGAAAUGCUUAAUAUUUCAGGCAACAUUCGUGGGAAGAGAAACGGAGCUAAUGUUUGUAGUCAAAGACCAGAUUUCUUGUCAUAAAUCACUAAUAGACUGUCCAAAGGAAUCUGUCAGCAAACCAGUUCACCCAUUGAUUGUUGCACAUAGUUAUACUUUGUAAAAUUAUCUGAAUCAUCCUGAAUAAUGCUGUUUAUCUGCAACUUAUAAAAAGUCUCCAAUCCAUAGUUGGUACCGUCCUGUUCCAGUGACUUUAUUCUUAUCCUUGAUCUAUUAAGUAUUUCCAACAAUCUCGGUUUUUAUUUCAGAUUCCCAUUGUCUGCAAUUUUCAACAUUUUAGAUUCCUUACCCCUAAUUUCCAAAAUGGCCAUUAUUUUGUGCUAAUUAAACUAUCCCCAGUUUUUCAAAAGAGCUUGUUCCAAAUCUUCAAGAAGGGGGUCAACUUUAAAACUAUUAGAUCAUGGUUUUUGUUUUAGAUACAACAGAUCACCAACUUUUAGUUUUGAAAUACGAUAUUUUUGUUCAGCACUGAACCAUAAAGAAAUUCAUUUUUCCGGUUUUCUUUCUUAAAAAGGAGCCCACCAACACUGACAGAAAGCAGUAAAGUCAUACCACUUGAAUAUAUAGUUGGUCAAAGAAUCCACAUUUAUAGAGCAGAGUGCAUAUGUGGAAACUGUGUGUUUGUGUGCAGCAUGAAAGAUGCAUUGGUGCCAUUACUGUAGAGAGCAGUGAUUUUAUUCAAUCAAUGGAUGGCAUCUUUCUGGAGCAACACAAUGAAUUGUCUUGGCACACAGGGAAAUGGAAAAUAAAUUACCAGCUCCCUGCAAUGCAACCUGAGCAGUGUGGUUAUGAUUAUAGUAGUUGCCAACAGAUUUUUUUUAAAGGAAAAUCAAUAUAGCAUCACUGGUUUGUAAGGACAAAAAAACAUACAAGCAACAGUAAGACCAGUUCUACUAACAUGCACUCCACAGCCUUCAUUACUGGUGGCUAAAAUGACUCUUCAAUGGACAUAAAUGCCACAGAUCUUCAUUUGAAUCACAUCUCCAAUGUUUUUGGUGUGCGUUUACCAUAUAUUACUGAGUGGGGUUAAUUAUACAUUUUUCCAGCUUUCGGGUACAGGAUUUGUUUGUAUAUCUGGAAUGGUCAGUACUCAUUUUGCUGUUAUGAACCAUUCCUCUGAUGACUAAAAGUGGAUGUGAUUGAAGAAAGUUCCAUCCAAUAGGAUAUUAAAAAUAGAGAAAUAUUUUUGAAGUGUACUUAAUUAACUAAAUAAAUGAACAGUAUAUAGAUGCUUACAUAUCCAAAAUGCAUAUUACGCUUAUGAAAGGAAGGCACAUUUUGUAAAUAGUGUUAUAAACAAUGGUUACUUGAGUCUAUACUACAUUUGCCAUCAAAACCCUCUGUUAUUUCUAGUUAGUAACCCACAUCAUGAAUUUUUAAAAAUAAUUUAACUUCUCUUCCUUAAGUAUUUCAACAAACACGUUAUUUUUGAAUGAUCGUUCAGGAGCUUUGGCAGAGGCAGUUAUUGAUAAAUAUAUUAUUUAUGGGGUGUGAAAAUAA